AUAAGAAUUUGACUGAUAUAUACUAUAUUUUUCAAUCAAAAUAAUUAUGUGGUUAUUUAAGAAAUUAUUUGGCAAAUCAAACGUGGAAGAAAGCCGGAACACAGAAGCAUCUGGAAACGAUGCAAUAUCAAAUACGGACUUAGCAGGAUCGAGCUGCAGUUCGCAAUCUCCUCCAAUUGAACUGUAACGAUGGUGUGUAAUGAGACGUCAGUUUCGGACAGUAAUUUAAGUAUCCGUGGUAGUGUCGUUUGUGAUGAUCUACCACAAAGGCAACUAUUACCUGUAGAAAAGACAGAGCUCAAGAUAGAACACGUUUAUAAUUUACGUAGUCGUAGCAAAAAUUCAAUUUCAGAGAGCCUUAAUGUAAAUGAAGAAGGUUUAACUUCUCGAGUUGUGAAUGAUGAAAAGACAAUCUGUGGACAAAAGCAAUCCAUUCAUGCGCAAGAUCUUGGUAAGCGAAAAAAGGAUGAAUUAACUCAACAUGGUGGUGGUGAUACUAUAAGCC